GUCUCCAACCAGCUGGAAUAAGUCUCCUCUUUUGCUGGGUCCUUCCUUUGAAUAAGAAAUCUCCUCCACCACUUGAAGUGACCAGAGAAGAACUUAGGCAACUGCUAUAUGGUCUCAGCCAGCAGGCUGCCCGUGUGACCUCACCCUCUCCAGUGCCCCCUUCUUGGUGCCAGCUAUGAGUGUCUGCAACUUCACGCAUGCCAACUUUGUACUUAUUGGUAUCCCAGGACUAGAAGCCGCCCACUUCUGGAUCGGCUUCCCCCUGUUGUCAAUGUAUGCCGUGGCGGUAUUUGGAAACUGCAUCGUGGUCUUCAUUGUGAGGACAGAGCGCAGCCUGCACGCUCCCAUGUACCUCUUCCUGUGCAUGCUGGCGUCCAUUGACCUGGCCUUGUCCACCUCCACCAUGCCCAAGAUCCUUGCCCUCUUCUGGUUUGACUCUCGGGAGAUUUCCUUUGACGCCUGCCUCACCCAGAUGUUCUUCAUUCACACUCUGUCAGCCAUUGAAUCCACCAUCCUAUUGGCCAUGGCUUUUGAUCGCUACAUAGCCAUCUGUCACCCGCUACGCCAUGCUGCGGUCCUCAACAACACUGUGACGGUCCAGAUUGGUGUGGUGGCUGUGGUCCGUGGGUCCCUCUUUUUCAUCCCACUGCCUCUGCUCAUCAAGAGACUGACCUUUUGCCGCUCCAAUGUGCUCUCACACUCUUACUGUGUGCACCAGGACAUGAUGAAUUUGGCCUACACCGGCACGUUGCCCAAUGUGGUCUAUGGGCUUACCGCCAUUCUCCUGGUCAUGGGUGUGGAUGUCCUGUUCAUUUCCUUGUCCUAUUUUCUGAUCAUACGGACAGUUCUACAGCUGCCUUCCAAAUCAGAGCGAGCCAAGGCCUUUGGAACCUGUGUGUCACACAUCAGUGUGGUGCUGGCCUUCUACGUGCCUCUCAUUGGCCUCUCGGUGGUACACCGUUAUGGAAAUAGCCUUCAUCCCAUUGUACAUGUCCUCAUGGGUGACGUCUACCUACUUCUGCCUCCUGUGAUCAAUCCCCUCAUCUAUGGUGCCAAGACCAAACAAAUAAGGACUCGGGUGAUAGCUAUCUUCAAGAUCCCUUGUGACAAGGACUUUCAGUCUGUAGGAAGCAGGUGACACCUACCAUUCUACUUUCCCUUUUCCUCAGUGGUUUGGUAUUAUGACUUCCCGACCUUAGUUUGGCUCCAGUAGCCAUCAGUAAAUCAAAUUUUCCCCAAUUUUCCUUGAAAAUUCUUUGCCUUUUCUGGAAGUGAAAUUUUGUUGCUAUAAUUCCUUUCCAUCAAUGAAAAUGUUACUAAUAUACUUAUUAG